CUGACAAAAAGAGUCAUAUCGGCGCCAUUUUUGCCAUCUUUUUUCUCUCUCUGUGCUGUGUGUCACGCUGUUGUUCGCUGCCAUUCCUAUUUCUUUUCCUGUCCUCUCAAUUCCAUUAAACCAUUCACUUUCCGUUUUCCCCUUUCGCCUCUUAUCCAUAUUAAUUUUAUCCAUUUGUUCUUAAUACACUUCUAACUAUACUGUGUUAAUUCUACUUCAACCCUUUUAACCAAAAAUAAAAAUAAAAAAAAUCCUCCCGUUCAUACAUAAUUUAGAGCUUAAUUGAGCUUAAUUAGAAGUGGGGUUUUGAUAAAGUUUGACACUUUCUUUAUACUGGUCACUAAUUGACCCUUCUUGUAAGUGAAAGGUGAUAAUAAAAAAGGUAUAUAUUGGGGUUAUUGCUAUUAAAAAAUUGAAAAGGGGUACAGUUUUGAUAGAUCUGCUCUUUAUGUUUUAAUGCCCCUUUUAAUGUUUGCAAUAUCUGAAGUUGGCUUUCUCUGUUAGAACGGGAACAAAAGGGUAGUGAGUAUUUUUCUUUACAGUUAUUAUUAUUAUUAUUAUUCAAAAACUUUAAAUUUGUGAUAAUUCAUAGAGGAAUUGUUUCAAGAACUGUUCUUUUAUGCAUGAUCCUUCAAGUGUUGUUGAAAUGUUCAUAACUUUUUGAGUCUGAUAGAUUUUUUUUGGUGGAUUGGAUAUUGACUGCUUUUGGAGUCGAAGUGGAUUGUGGUUAGCAGUCUGUUUAUUGGAUUUUUUUACCUCUUUUGUUGGUAACGUGGUCAGUGGGGAUUCGUAUAGUUGAUCCCGACUUUUUGGGAUGAAGUGAUUGGAUUGAGUGGAGGAUUGGUUGGUAGAAUUUGAAGAUUUUCAAGAAGGAUAAUUAAUACGGAUCGGAACACGGGAAAUAGGGUGUCUGAUUAUAUUGCUGUUCUGGAGUGCAUACUGAAUAUAGUCCGGGGACUCGGGAUGGGUUCCUGCUUAUCAUCUGAAAGCAGGAGCCCUCAUCCCGGUUCUCCUGCAUCUUCAAGUAGGAAAAGGAAGAGCUCAAAAAAGAGGUUAGGUUCACGAAAUUCUUCCUUCGACUAUCAUAAGGAAGAACUGCUGCAUAGGAUACCGGGGCGUAUGUUCUUGAAUGGUUCUAGUGAGGUGGCUUCACUCUUCAGUCAGCAGGGCAACAAAGGCACUAAUCAAGAUGCUAUGAUUGUUUGGGAGAAUUUUGGUUCCAGAACAGAUACUGUUUUCUGUGGUGUUUUUGACGGCCAUGGUCCUUACGGUCAUAUGGUUGCAAAACUAGUCAGAGAUGCUCUUCCUUUAAAGCUAAGCACACACUGGGAAGUUAAUAUAAAAAGUGAGGAUGUUCUAAGAGAGAUCAGUCUCAACAGGGGGAGUAGCCUAUAUCCUGAGGAUGCUUCCCUUAUCUCUGAGGAGUCGAGAGUUUCAAUUGAUGUUGAAGAUACUGAAAAGCACACAGAGGUGUUUCAAACGUUGAAGGGGUCAUUUCUGAAGGCUUAUAAGGUUGUGGAUAGAGAGUUGAGAAGCUAUACCAAUAUCGAUUGCCUCUGUAGUGGAACAACAGCAGUAACCCUAGUUAAACAGGGUAAGGAUCUUGUUAUUGGAAAUAUUGGGGAUUCUAGAGCUGUGCUGUGUAUGAGAGGCGACGAUGAUUCUCUCACUGCAGUGCAAUUGACAGUAGAUCUUAAGCCCAAUUUACCAGCGGAGGCUGAGAGGAUUCGCAAAUGUAAAGGGCGAGUGUUUUCUCUUCAUGAUGAGCCGGACGUUGCAAGAGUGUGGAUGCCAAACAGCGAUUCUCCUGGACUUGCCAUGGCCCGUGCUUUUGGAGAUUUUUGCCUCAAGGAUUUUGGUGUCAUCUCAGUGCCUGAAAUUUCUUAUAGGUGUUUAUCUGAGAAAGAUGAAUUCAUUGUUCUGGCGACAGAUGGGAUUUGGGAUGUGCUUUCAAAUGAUGAAGUAGUGAGGAUUGUGGCUUCGGCUUCAUCCCGUUCAUUGGCAGCUCGAUCACUUGUUGAAGUAGCUGUUCGAGCUUGGAAAACUACAUAUCCAACUUCUAAAGUCGAUGACUGUGCAGUUGUCUGCCUCUUCCUAGAUUCAAACUCAAAUAAUUUCUCUACUGCUUCCAUUACAAAAGAGAAUGACAAGACUGUAAGGGGAAUGAGCGAAGGUAGCAACGAGAUGGAUGUUGCAUCUAGUCUACCUGCAUUGAAUUGCGUUGGCACUGUUCGAGAAGGUGAAGAAGUUUCAGCAGGCAGCAAAGAGGAAGCCUCAGAACAGGAAGAGUUGCUACCGAAGACGGGGAAAGAAUGGUCUGCGCUCGAAGGGGUAUCUCGGGUGAACACAGUGAUGACAUUACCAAGGUUUGUGCCAGACAAAGAAGAGAAGAAAGCUUCUGGAGGAUCAAAGUCAAAGAAGAAAUAGAGAGUGAAAUGGUGAAGUGCUUGAGUCUGGGUUUAUUUCUGUCCUAUUUUCCAUUUUGUUUAGUUGUUAUAUUCUGUUUUUUAUUGUCUCAUUUAUAAACUGAGAGGUAAGGUGAAAAAAGAAAAAUAGGGUCAUUUCAUGUUGUUCUGGGCUAUAUUAGAGUAUCUGGGGAGUCAUUCUUUCUCUCUCAAGUGUAUGUAGAAUCAGAAAUUUUGUACAUCCAACUCGCGGUCUUCUAAAUUUUUGGAUACUAGCUAUUUGUUCUUUUGCUCUUU